CUUCCCGAUUUGCUCACCACUAGUCAACGUGCUCUCUUUUCUUUUCUUUAUAUUACUUUUUUAUCAAUGCGCAAGAAAAAUAAAUCAAAAGCAAAGGAAAACAAAGACGCGCAAUAUGAGUGAUCUUGAGGAGAUGGACAGCGAGCGGCUGAACGAGUUGGAAUCGAUUCUCUAUGCCUCGAUUCACUACAGCGAUGGAACAGACGACCCGAGUGCCGUUGGUCCGCCUGCGAUGGAGUCACCCAGCGACCAGGAUGCCAGGAGCAUGCCACCGCCUCCGCAGCAGGAGCACCCGAAGCCUGGCCACCGAUUCGUCAGUGGAACGCGAGUGAUCAACAACAACAACAAGCUGAAGCCACGCUACUGGGCGGAGGGAGCGGAAGUCGAGGGGCAGGGGCAGGUGGUUCGGGCAGAGGAACAGCAGGCGAUCCCAAACAAAACAAUCCCAGCUGCUGAAGUGACUCCCUCUCCAUCGCCCAAGGAGGCUGAAAAGCCGAAGGACAAAAGCCCCAUGCUGACGCCCAAAAAGGGAACGCCCAACCAAGCGAAGGCAACAAACCAGCCACCAAAACAGCAGCAAAAUCAACAGGCAAAGCAGCAGCAAAAUCAGCAGACAAAGCAGCAGUUAAACCAGCAGCCUAAACAACAGGCAAAACAGCAACAGAAACAGCAGCCCAAGCAGCAGCAAAAUCAGAAGCCAAAACAGCAACAAAAUCAGCAGAAGAAGCUGUCGCCCAAACAGUCGCCAGUAGUAGUACAACAAUCAAAACCGCAACCAAGCACACCCACCAAAGUUAAUCAGGAGGCCUACGAGGAGGAGCGUUUCGACCAGCGGCUUCUAGUGGCCAUCCCACCGAACUGCCCGCCCAAAAAGCAGCAGAACAAACCGCAGCAAAACAAGCAGCAGUUGCAGCAGCAGAAAAAUAAGCAACCGAAACCAGAACCGGGACCCUUUGGCAAGGCCAAUCGAAAGCUGGAGCAGAUGCAGCGCCUGAUAGGCAAAAAGCAGAAAUCCAAGCAGGCUCAGUUGAAUAAAAAGCAGCGCAAGCAGCAAUCCACGCCGGUGGAAUUCGUGGAUCUGGCGGAGAGCAGCCCAUCCUCCGAUGACGAUGAUGAUGUGAUCCAUGUACCACUGCCUCCAGCUCCAAUUAUUAACCUAGACGAAAGCGAUAAUGAGCAGCUGUUUCACGAGGAGAAUGCCAUGGAUGCGACGGAUGUAAAGAUGGGUUUGUCUUGCAUUACCGAACCGACUGGCAGCAUCACAUCCUCCAUGAAUUCACCCUGCUGUUCUGUGAUGUCCAGCGAUGAUUUUAUUGUGCAGAAGGAUACCACUCGCUUGUUGGCCGAACGCGAGGACGCCAAUGAUGAUGAUCUCCUGGUGCUGACAGAAAAGGCUAUUAGGGAAUCUAUUCAUCAGGGAGGGCAGGAUAAACACUCUGUAGAGGAAGGAGCCCAGGAUCAAGAGGCAGAUCCCGCGGCUGAUACCUCCUCGGAGUACGAAUUUGUGCCGCCCUCGCGUCUGGAGGAGAUUAAGCGCAACUAUCGAGUGGAUGACCAGCAAUUCAGGGCCUUAGACGUCUACGAAAGUGAAUCCGAUCUUACCGAGAGUGGCAUCUACUCGAAGGCCAAGACCAAGGCUACGCCGACAAUCAUACGCAGCGUGGACACGCCAUCGGGCAGCUCAUCAGUGGAGGAGAUAAUCGAGCCGAGUGUACAGAAGACCAAGCGUCUACGCAAGCGAUCCUGUUCCACGAACAAUCACAGCCAGUCCGAUGCGAACAACGACGAUGUGCGCGAUGAUACGGAUAGCGAGGAUGGCAUUCAUUCCACCGGAGUUCCGGGCAUUGCCCGCGGAAUGGCGGUGGAGCGAUGCAAGCGCAAGAUACGCCGCAUCAGCGUAAGGCGAAACUCUGACGAGAACCCAAAGAAAGCGGCUCGCAUCCAAAAGCCAAAGGUUUCUGCCAGCCAGGAGGCUAGUUCGGAAUCCACUUCAGAGGAUGAGUUGCCCAGUGCGAGGGAUAUUGCCGAGAGAUUGCUCAAUCAGAAGAAGGAAACGGAGCAGCCGGUACAAGAAGAAGUAGCUUUGGACACCGUUUCCAUUGGCUCCGAUGCGGAUUCCCAAGCAGAAGCCGAGUUCCGCGAUGCGAUGACCGAUCGCCUAGCAGCUGUCUUCGAGCGCUUUGAUGCGGAGGCCCGGAAAUCGCAGGAGGAGGCCAGUGGUUACCUGUCCGACGAAGAAGAUUCCCGAGAAAAGGUAGCAGAUACAACAGUGCGAGGCGAGGAGGAUGUGGAUGUGGAUGUGGAUAUGGAAGCCUCCCAUGAGCUUCAGGAGGCGGACGCUGAGGAGGAUGAUGUGGAUAUGAUGAUGGAGGAGCCAGCCAUCCAAGUGGAGCGCAAUUUGCCACUUCUAGAGGACGAUAGUCUGCCCAAGGGUGGUGACCUCAUCGGCUGGAACGAGGAGAUGUGCCGCUUUUACAAUGACAGCUGGAAUGGGGAGCAGUUCUCAGUCCACAAGCUUCAAAAGAAGAUGAAUGCUCAUCGCCAGGAGUGGAGGCUGAAUAAUGCAGACAGGUAUCCGGUGGCACGUCCCCGUUCCCACGCCAAGUGCACCAACUGCUUUGAGAUGGGUCACGUGCGUUCCAAGUGUCCACGUCCGCGCAAGCCGCUCGUUUGCUUUCUCUGCGGCUCCGUGGGUCAUGCCGAACCCCGCUGUCCCAAUGCCAUCUGUUUUGGGUGCGGAUCCAAGCAGGCGAUUUACGUGCAGCAGUGCAACAAGUGCUCCUUUCACAGCCGCGUCGUCUGCCAGCUGUGCAAGAUGAGGGGCCAUGGCACGGAUCACUGCCCGGAUAAGUGGCGUCGCUAUCACUCCACGACUCGAUCCAACACGGAAUUGGUCAGCAACGUUAAGUACAGGAGCAUUGUGCAGUGCAGCUACUGUGCCGGUCGCCAUAACUUCGAGAACUGCCGCCAGCGGAUUGGAGACUUUCGGGCGACCAACUAUACGAGUCAAAUUAUGUCGCACCAAAAGAUCUACAAGAAUCGCGGCGGACCCAUUGGCUAUCUGGGCGAUCUGAGCAGUUUCUUUUCUAUUGCAACACCUUUUCACUUCAAGUGGGACAGCCCGAGUAUGCCCAAAAAUAGCUACUAUGCCAAGUUCCUUGUCCAGGUGAACUUGGCCAAAACGCAGUCAAUUAAAAGGAAGUCAACCACUGCCCUUGCCGAAAUUCCGGCAAAGAUUUACACCCAUGACUAUGUGCCAAAUGCUCAGGUGAAGGCGGCACGUGGGGAGAAAUCGCAACCAAGGCAAAAGCAAAAACCUGUUGAGGAAAUAGUUGAAGUGCAACAAGAGGAGGAGAAGCAACCUGAGGAAGAGCAACCUGAACAGCAGCAACCUGAAGAAGAACAACCUGAAGAGCAGCAACCUAAAAUAGAGCAACCUGAAGAAGACCAACCUGAUGACCAGCAACCUGAUGAGGAAGAUCCAUCGGUUUUCAUUCAGCGCACGGAGAUUACCACCAAUUUUCAGACUCCCGAGACUGAGAGUGGAAAAACCAAGCCAUCGGUGGCACCCCACGAACUGGACUCGGAUUCCAAUUAUAGUUUUUCCGAGCACUUUGAGGUGCCCAGCUCGACAACCAGUGAGGAUCAAGAGGCCCGGCAACUACCACCUAACCAUCCGCUGUCCAAUCUGCCCGAUGUUAUUCCCCUAAGCGGUGGCCUAGACGACGAUUUCGAACUCUCCUCGAAUGUCCAGGGUAUUUCCAUGUGCAUCAACUCCACGAGCAGCGGACGCCGCACUACAAACGAUUCCCAUCCGGACUCCAGCGAAGAACUUUCCGAUGUGCCAAGCGAGGGCAAGAUCAUCAUGGCACGCGACCAAUCCGAGUACCUUUUCAGCCCCGAGGGCCGCACUUUCCUUGCCGCGGCGGCAAAACAGUGUCAGGUUAGCGUGCGCAUGGACUUCAAAGAUUACGGCUAUGUUCUGGUUAUCUAUGGCUUGAAAAAGAACCAGGAGGAACUGCAGGUGAAACUACUGCGCCGCAACCAGGAGGUCAAGCGCAAGAGCAUCGAGUUCCAGAGCCAGAAGCCGCCCAAGCGGAUCGAUGUGCUCAUCCGCUUUAUGCGCGAUGGCAUCAAUAGUUUGAACACCAAUCUGGGCAAUGCCAAGAAUCACUAUCUGCGCAUCAAGGAGCUGGAGGAGAUGAACACCAAGAACGGCUUCAAGAUGGCCGAGAAGAAGCGUCGCCAACUCAACAUGAUCCUGGUGGGCCAGGCGGGAUUGGUGAAUGGCAAGAGCCAUCUCGAUCAGCUCCUCGUAUUGUUGCGUCGCCUCAUCGAUGACUUCUCGCCGGAUGAGAACGCCACGCCGCAAAUGCGCACCGAGAUCGAGGACCACUGGCGCAUGAUCUUCACGGCAUAUCCGCAUCAGAACUACGACUCGCUGCUCAACAGCUACGGGCGUCUGGAUCAGAAGAAUCGCCUGCCCUCGCUGCACUUGGAUCCAGUGCUGCUGGGGCUGCAGCAGAAGAAGGCACCGAGUCAGCCUGAAUCGCCGACUAAGCGGCCUGCGUCGCCAACUCCUCCGCCGCCGGCUUGGCAGCAUAUGGCGCCGCCACCACCGCCGAAGAUACCGAAGAAAAAGCAGCAACAACAGCAGGCUCAGCAGCAACAGAAGCAAAAUCAGCAGCAACAGAAACAAAAUCAGCAGCAACAGCAAAACCAGCAGCCACGCUUGCAGCAGCAGCAGAAGCAACAGCAGCAACGUCUGCAGCAGCAACAGCGUUUGCAACAGCAACAGCAGCAACAACAGCAGCAGCAGCAACAGCAGGCCCAGCAGCAACGCAUUGCUAUAGCGGUGCAGCAAUAUCAACAGCACCACAACCAGCAACAGCAGCAACUGCGACGUCCGCAACUCAAUCAGAUGCCCUACAACAAUCCGCAGCAACGAUCGCGAUCCGAUCUGCAGCUGCGCCAGACCCUCGAUCCGGAGUGCGACCGCCUGCUGGCGGAGAUGGACCAGAGCGAACGAAUGGGCAGCAUCAACAAGGACGCCAACAAGCCGUCGAUGUUCUGGUCCCGCGAAUCGCUCAAGUACCUCGACGAUCUGUUCAAGAUGACCUCCAAUGUGGACACCGUGGAGCGGCUCAAUCGAGUGCUCCAGCGAUCGCAGCGCGGUCUGUUGUCGCACAACGAUUACCGUGCGGUCAUUCGACUGCACUCCCUGCUGUGCAACUGAGGAGGAUUCGCCAUGGGGCUGGGGGGGUUUUCCUAUGGCGGGGGUCACUUUCAUUUUGUCUAACAAAUGCCAACAGAUUUCACAACGGGUAUCUGAAAGAUAUUACCCAAAAACCGAAUAAAUUCAUACAUAACUGACUAUUUUCAAAA